AUGGAGGGCAGUUCUGUACUUCAUGCUUUCACAAACAUUUAUUUUGCCAUUUUUGCUUUAUUUUGCUUCAAGCUUUUAAUUAAGAUUUCAUUGGCUUUGCUGACCCAUUUCUAUAUUGUUAAAGGCAACAGAAAAGAGGCUGCCAGGAUAGCAGAAGAGAUCUAUGGAAUAGUCCCAGACUGCUGGGCAGAUCGAUCUCCUCUUCAUGACGCUGCCUUCCAAGGACGCCUCCUGUCUUUGAAAACCUUGAUUGCACAGGGUUUCAACGUGAACCUGGUGACGACGGACCGUGUGUCGGCUCUCCACGAGGCCUGCCUGGGCGGCCACGUCGCCUGCGCGAAGGUGCUGCUGGAGAAUGGAGCUCAGGUCAACGCCAUCACCAUCGAUGGGAUCACUCCUCUAUUUAAUGCCUGCUGCAGUGGCAGCGUGGCCUGUGUCAACAUGCUGCUGGAAUUCGGAGCCAAGCCACAGCUCAGGAACCACCUUGCAUCGCCCAUUCAUGAAGCAGUCAAGAGAGGUCACAGGGAGUGCAUGGAGAUCCUUCUGGCCCAUGAGGUUGACAUUGACCAAGAAGACCUGCAGCAUGGGACCCCACUCUACGUGGCUUGUACAUACCAGAGAACAGACUGUGUCAAGAAGCUUUUGGAGCUAGGAGCCAACGUUAACAUGGGGAAGCGAUUAGACACUCCCCUCCAUGCAGCAGCAAGGAAAUCCAGUGUGGAGGUAGUCGUCUUGCUGACAGACUAUGGUGCUAACCUAAAAUGCCGAAAUGCUGAACUCAAAUGUGCCCUGGAUCUUGCUGUACCCAACAGCAAAGUGGAGCAGGCGCUUCUGCUUCGGGAAGGUCCUGCCAGCCUUACCCAGCUGUGCCGGUUGUGUAUCAGACAGCGUCUGGGUCGGUCAUGCCUAUAUGCAGUCCACAAGCUACACCUGCCCGAGCCACUUGAGAACUUUCUCCUUUAUCGAUAAGUCUGUGA